CCAGCCCCCCUUCCAUUUUCUCCAACAUAAAACCAGCACAUUAUUCUGCUGAAUGGCAAAAGGCAGAGAAGAAAGCAAAUCCCACCUCAUGACUCCUUGGAAAACUAGCCCACUUGGAGGACCGAGCUGGCCGAGUGGGGCAGUGAAUAACGGGGUCCGUGUUGAGAGGAGGUCUGGCUCUGUCAGUGGAGCGCGUGAGAAGGCUGCCUCUUCUCCUCUGGGUUCACUACCCUGGGCAGAUUCUGCUCGCUGGAGGCACUAUCCCGGGGCCAGAGGUGGGCUCUCCCUGCAGCGAGAUCUGAGCGCCCCAGCGGGACGCGGUCAGAACCGCCGGGUGGCGCGAUGGGACCGGCUCCUUUCUCCCCCACUGACGCAGCAAAAAGUUUGCCGGAGACGGAGAAGGACCUAUUUUCUUACGACCCGGCGAAGCAGACGAACCGUGAGCUCGGCGCUGCCCGGCGCAGCCCUUCCGCGGACCUCCAGCUCCUCCUCGGACGGAGGAGGAGGAGGCGGCGGAGGCGGUGGGGUGCGGGCUGGCCGGCGCUGGUGGCGCGACCCGGGCCGGGGAAUGCCUCUACUCGUGCGGGAGCGAGGUGGCUGGGACCGCCUGCAGCCGCUCCUGGCUCUGAGGGCGCCGGCGGAAGCGUCUCCCGGCGCGCGCCCAAGGAAGCGCCGCGGCUGAGCCGCGCCGGGCUACUGCCACGCCGUCUUGGGCGAUGAAAUAAAGCGGCCGCCUUCGAAGGCGGGUGUGAGGCCGAAA